CUACAGGUCCCAGGGUGCAGUGGGGGCGCGGCAAGGCCGCGGAUGAGCAGGAGCUGCAAGCGGUAUGCCAUGACACUGAAUUGAGAAUAAAAUGUUUCCACUUAAGGAUGCCCAGCUUGGAGCCUUCACAUUUUUUGCUUCUGCGCUUCCACAUGAUGUGUGCGGCAGUAAUGGGCUACCACUCACUCCAAACUCUGUCCGAAUUCUCGGACGAUUCCAGAUCCUCAAGGCCAUCUCUCAUCCCAGGCUCUGCCAGUACGUGGACAUCUUACGUGGCAAACACGAAAGGCUGGUGGUUGUUACUGAACAUUAUGAGAGGAGUCUGGAAGAUCUAUUAAAGGAAAGAAAGACAACCAGUCUUGGAAGGGUUCUGCAAAUAGCCUUCGAAGUGCUGGAAGGACUGGAAUACAUGAACAGACAUGGAAUAGUUCAUCGAGCACUUGCACCGCACAAUAUUCUUCUGAAUUGUGAGGGUCACAUUAAGCUGGGCAAGUUUGGUCUGUAUCACAUGACUGGUUACAACGCUGACGUUGACUUUCCUAUCGGGUAUCCUUCCUAUUUGGCACCUGAGGUUAUCACUCAAGGAAUGGCGAAACCCACUGAUCAUACAAAGAGUGAGAGUUCAACACCCUCGGGUCCCAAAGUCGACGUAUGGUCUCUUGGUGUGAUCCUCCUUGAACUCUGUGUGGGUCAAAGACUGCUCCAGAGCAUAGAUAUUUCCGAAAGGCUAAAAUUCCUCCUAAAUCUAGAUUGUGUGGAUGACAUCCUGACCGUCAUAUCUGAAGUGCAUGGCUGCUUCGAGAUUACCAGGGAUUUUCCCAACGAUGUUCUAACACUGCUGAAAAAAUGCCUGACCUAUCACCCAUCCAAAAGACCUACUCCAGCUGAACUGCUGAAAGAUGACUUAUUCAGCGAGGUUUCUGCCUUGUACACACCGUUCCGCAAACCUGAUAGCCUAUUUUCCUCCUCUCUGCGUUGUGCUGACCUGAGCAUCCCUGAUGAUGUGGGAACAUUCUGUAAAGAUGAAGAAUAUCUUUCGGAAAGAUCUGUUGACGAAGUCUAUUAUCUAUGGUGUUUGGCUGGAGGAGACUUGGAAAAGGAGCUCGCAAGCAACGGAAUCAUUCGUUCUAAGCCACCAAUUUGCACCUUGUCAAAUUUUAUCUUAGAAGAUGGAGAAAGUUUUGGACAAGUAAGAGAUAGAAGCUUCCUGCUGGAUGACACAACAUUGACGCUGUCAUUAUGCCAACUCAAGAAUAGAUUGAAAGAUGUUGCUGGCGAAGCAUUUUACCCUUUGCUGGAAGAUGAGCAGUCGACUAUAUCACCUUCCAACAGCAACCAAGAACUUUCUGCUGCAGCCUCACUGCCUCUCAUUAUACGCGAGAAAGAUACGGAGUACCAGCUACACCGAAUCAUACUCUUUGACAGGCUGCUAAAGGCUUACCCGUAUAAAAAGAAUCAAAUAUGGAGAGAAUCAAGAGUGGACAUUCCUCCAUUGGUGAGAGGUUUGACCUGGGCUGCACUACUUGGAGUCGAGGGAGACAUUCAAGCAAAAUAUGAUGCGAUUGACAAAGAUACUCCAAUACCAACUGAUCGACAGAUCGAGGUGGAUAUCCCACGCUGUCAUCAGUACGAUGAGCUGCUGUCGUCGCCAGAAGGUCAUGGAAAGUUCAGGCGUGUUUUAAAGGCCUGGGUAGUCUCCCAUCAAGACCUGGUGUACUGGCAAGGUUUGGAUUCGCUGUGUGCACCAUUCCUGUACCUAAAUUUUAAUAACGAAGCAUUGGCCUAUGCUUGCAUGUCUUCAUUUAUUCCCAAGUACUUGUUCAACUUCUUCUUGAAAGAUAAUUCUCAUGUUAUACAAGAGUAUCUUACGGUGUUUUCCCAGAUGAUUGCUUUCCAUGACCCUGAGUUGAGUAACCAUCUCAAUGAGAUUGGCUUCAUUCCAGAUCUUUAUGCAAUCCCAUGGUUUCUCACAAUGUUUACACAUGUGUUUCCUUUGCACAAGAUCUUUCACCUAUGGGACACAUUACUCCUGGGCAAUUCUUCAUUCCCGUUCUGCAUAGGGGUGGCUGUUCUUCAACAGUUACGAGACAGGCUACUGGCCAACGGAUUCAAUGAAUGCAUUCUACUGUUUUCGGAUUUACCAGAAAUUGACAUUGAGCGUUGUGUGCGAGAGUCCAUCAAUCUUUUCUGUUGGACACCGAAAAGUGUUACUUACCGACAGCACGCGCAACCGCCCAAGCCUGGAUCAGAUGGCAAUGGCGUUCCUCGACCAUCAUCUUACUACUCGGCAGACUAUCAAGACAUGCCCAAGACUGAUCUGUCACGUGAACCCAUUAGAUUAAUUGAACUCAAGGCUGAAGUGUCCCCACGGAUAUCUGCAGAGGACCUGAUUGAUCUGUGUGAGUUGUCUGGACCCACCAACUUCAAGAUGCCCACGAAAAAGACAAAAUCAGGGAAGCCAAAGCUGCUCGUGGUGGACAUUCGAAACAGUGAGGAAUUCACUCGUGGCCACAUCAAUGGCAGCAUAAACAUUCCAUACAGUUCUGCCUUCAGCCCGGAUGGUGAGCUGAUACAGUGUGCAUCGACCAGCUUGCUGCAGAGUUUCAAGGGACGCGUCAUUGUCAUUGUAGGAAAUGUGGUCAAGAACACAGCCAAUUUUUCAGAACAUCUAGUGAAACUGGCUUAUCCACGAGUCUGCAUCUUGGACGGAGGAAUCAACAAGAUGAAACUCACGGGACUGCUAAUUGUGCCAUCACCUCAAAUCUGACCAUGUUCACCUGCAGCACCGGGGAAAGAUGUAUGAAGUCGGAGCUGGCUGAGGGCAUUUACAGCACCUGCAUCGAAGGGCAUUACUGGAACCAGUGACUGUAAUCCUUGUCCAUGAAUCGGACAUGAUCAUGAACCUGUAGCGUGGUGCUGAUUUCAACAUUAGUGAAACAUCCACAGAGCAGUGUUAUCCAACAUGAUAUUGAAUCGGUGGAGAUUUGUACCUGAGUGUUAUUCAGCAAGGAGACCUCUGAUGAAUCAUGUUUUUCAUUACUAUCAGAAAUGUAAGACUCGUUUAUUGUGACCUGUGAUUUUAACAGCAUGUUGUAGUACAAUCGUUAUUUAAAGACCAUGCACAAAAUCAAA